AUGAGUUCCAGCCUCUCCGUCCCGGAGCAAAUCCGUCAGCUCAACGACGCGCGAAAGCUCGUUCUUGGGGAUGUCAAGUACUAUCCCAGCGUGGUUAGAGGGCUGCUUCCUAUCAUUGGACCAAGCGCCCCGGUCGAAUUGCGACGAUGGGGAGCCGAGUUUUUGGCAGAAGCAUUUUCAACGCCUGCCUUACCCAACGGCGAGAAGGAGACAAUGCAGUUAUAUGUGCUGGCAACGGUUGAGUCACUUCUUGGCGAGAGAGAAGACCCCCAGGUACUGCGAAGUGUAAUACAAACAGCGGCCAGCAUCUAUCCGCUGGCUUUGAGAUGGAUAAUAAACAAUGGAUACGAUACGGUUACAUGGGAAAAGAUGUUGAGCAUCAAGCAAACAAUAUUUCGUUUAUGGGAUAACGCUAUUCCUUCAGUGAAAAUAAACUGCGUCAAAUUCGCGCAAAGGGUCGUUUUGGCCCAGACGGUCUCGACAGGAGCUGAAUACAGACAAGCUGGUACACUCGAUGUCUCGUUGGACAAGGUUCCACCUAAUCACCAGUCACUCGACCCCCGAAGUCUCGAGGCCGAAGCAUCGGGUCUCCUCGAUCGUAUACUGGGCACCUUGCAGGAGAGCACUGACGCCCUCCUAGUUGAUGCAACGCUUAACUGCUUAUCAAUUCUUGUGCGGACGCGUCCUGCCACUUCGAGCCGUAUCCUGAACGCGUUACUCAAUUUCAACCCGCUUCAACUGGCUAACUCGCCGUUGACUGCCAGGAGCAGAGUCAUGAUAAAGUCCAUGGAAAAGACGGCUAGAUUGUUGUUGAUCCACCUUACCAAAAGAGACCCUCAUAAUCCCAUUGUUCCAAGGAUCCAUCAACACAUUGACCGAACCAUGCGCAUGGUGAUGGAAGUACUGGACGAUUCCGGGAGGAAACGACCGUUGGAAGCCCAACAGCACGAUGGCUUUGACGCAAAACGCCAAAAAGUUGUGCAGUCUCAUAUGCCCGAAGUCCCAGCGCUGAAAGCUGGACCUCACAGUUUGGCUGACGUCUUCACCCUCGUCGGGCAUGCCGGCCUCAAAUCAUACGACCUUUCUCAAUUAUCGGCUGCCAUGGUGGCCAAGAUUGCGGUAGUAGCGCUAUCACGCAUAGACGCCCAACUGCUCGCCAAAGCCGUCGAUGGCGUUCGCGGACGACUGGCGGCUUUGGCCGAGGCGCCCGCGCCAGAACUGAACCCGAAUACGGCACCGCUGGGGGUUGACGAUGAUGACGACGACUACGAACCCGACUUUUACGAGGCAGAAGACACGGAGCAGCUCCUGAACAAGCUAGAUGGGUCCUCUACCAGCUUGCCAGAACUUACAGCUCUAGACACCACACUGGCUUUGACCGCGUUCAGUCUCCCUCAGCCUCCCGAAAUAACGCCAGAGAUGGCGCUCACGGCUGGCAGCGGGACUGUGGCGAAAGUGCUGGAUAUGAUGAAGUCUCUGGAAGAGCCCGUGACAAAGAAGCACAAGGUUGGAUUUGUUCGGUUGGCGGCCAGUUCGGGAACCAGGGACUCUUGGAUGACCAUUCUGACGCGACUCGCCACCCGAUCAACGACGGGGCUGGAGGCGGUUGCGGUGAAGGGCGAAGCGCAGCAAUCACCUCGUCAGCCAUCACUAAGCGAGAAUAUCCGAGAAGUGUUGUAUAACUAUGUCAUGGAGGACUUCCGCAAGCACAUCGACGUCGCCGUAUCAUGGCUUUGCGAGGAAUGGUACAACGACAAGAUUCAAGCGCGCAUGGGUGACGAUUAUUCCAAGAAUUACGACAAGACAGCGUUGCAGCUCAUCAACGGCUUCCUUCCCUACCUGCACCCUCAAGACAAGGCGCUGACCCGAUUUUUGAGCGAGAUCCCCGAGCUAAGUCGCGUCAUGCUCUCCCGCGUGAAAGACAUGUGCAGGGACCCUAGUGUCACGCAACUGGCACUCACAAGUUUGCUGUAUCUGUCCAUGAUGCGGCCUCCUGUGAAGGAGAUGGCACUCGAUACCGUGCAGGACAUUUGGACUGAAUUCGAGGAUGCCAGGCCGAUGGCCUCUAAAUAUCUAUCGAAAUACAGGCCAGGAUUCCUGGAAACUGCUGAGGCUAGCAAAGAACAAGGAGACGGCGCUAGCUUGACCGCUUCAACUGCAAUUCCAACACGUUGA